AUGAGUAGCACAAUCGCUAUGUCACCGGCGAUCGCCGCCGCCGUUCGCCCUCUAGCUUCUCACGACUGUCUCUCCGCUUCCGCCACUGCUGCUACUGGCCCCAUGGCGCUCAAAUCCUGCAUCGUCUCACCUCUCUCGCUUUUCGCCUCUCAAGCUCGAACCAAAACAGCCAGCACAAGAAGAUCUUCCACGAUGACGAUUCGAUGCGAUGUAGCUGUAAAAUCCGCGGAUUCGGUAGACGCAGAAGCCGAUCCUUCGUCUUCGCCGUCAUCGGAGGAGGAGAUCGAAGCGGAAGCGAAGGCGAAGGUAGGAUCUACGGUUAGGGUAACAGCGCCGUUGAAGGUUUAUCAUGUAAAUCGCGUGCCGGAGGUAGAUUUGGAAGGGAUGGAAGGGAAACUGAAAGAUUACGUCGCCGUAUGGAAAGGGAAACGGAUAUCAGCUAAUCUUCCGUAUAAGGUGGAGUUCUUCAAAGAGAUUGAAGGUCGUGGUCCUGUCAAAUUCGUCGCACACCUCAAGGAAGACGAGUUCGAGUUCAUCGAUCCGUGA